AUGGCAUUGCUGUCAACCGUCUUACGACAUGCGCCGGUCCGCAAGUUACCGCCAUAUUUAUCCUUUCUUUGCAUAGCCAUUGGUGUUGCAUGGCUGCUACUUCUGCCUUUAAACGACUACUCGAGGAAUACUUAUGUUUCGGAAAACGCACUGCUGCCGGGUCAGGUCCACACUUAUUUUGCGGGAAGCGAUCAGAAUGUUUUUCGGGGGUACAAGAAGGAGGUUGAUGCCUUGGGGGAGAGUAGUAAUGUUGAGGUGAAUGAUAAGCUCGAGGAAUUUUUUAAGGCUACCGGACUCAAGGUGGCGAGACAAAAGUACGAGUACAAAUCGGCGGGUGAGGUUUAUAGAGGAGAGAAUGUAUAUGCUAUCCUACAUGCACCCCGAGGUGAUGCUACCGAAGCAAUUGUACUCGUAGGGGCUUGGAGAAAUAUCGAUGGGGAGUUGAAUCGAAGUGGUGUUGCUUUGGUUCUUACUCUGGCGAGAUAUUUCAAUCGGUGGUCUUUGUGGUCAAAGGAUAUAAUAUUCCUCAUUACGGCAGAUAGUAAAGCUGGCCCUCAGGCCUGGGUCGAUGCUUAUCACGACACACACCAGUCCCCCGCCAUCGAUUCAUUGCCGGUCAAGAGCGGAGCCCUUCAAGGAGCUGUUGUAAUCGAUUAUCCUUUUGAUCACCGUUUUGAAUCGAUCCAUAUCGUCUACGAUGGAGCCAACGGCCAACUUCCUAACCUCGAUCUCUUCAACACGGUAGUCUCCAUUGCUAGUGGCCAAAUGGGCAUUAGAGUCUCACUUCAGAAAAUGUGGGAGCACAGCGAUAGCUACCAAGAUCGACUCAAAACCAUGUUACGCGGUAUGAUUAAUCAAGGUUUAGGUCAUGCUUCCGGCCCUCAUAGUAGUUUCAUCCCAUAUCAUGUGGAUGCGAUCACACUCCAACCAUUUGGAGAAGGCUGGCAAGAUGAGAUGGCUAUGGGAAGAGUAAUCGAGAGUACUUUUCGAAGUUUGAAUAACCUGUUGGAACAUCUCCAUCAAAGUUUCUUCUUCUAUCUACUGAUGCAAGCUAAUCGCUUCGUGAGUAUUGGUACAUAUCUUCCAAGUGCCAUGCUGGUGGCUACAAAUUUUACUAUUAUGGCUAUUUACCUAUGGGCGAAGAGUGGUUGGCCUAGUCCUGCAAAGACAAAAGCUUUGUCAAUAACGAACAAUGGGGAAGAGAAGGAGAAAACUCCCUUGGCUUUCGUGGAAGCCGGUGACACAAAAGCGCUCAUCCCACAAAAAGAUCUCCAAGGGCGCGAACGCAAACUCUUUCUUCCUUUGGCUGUUGUAGCUGGAUGCCAGUUCCUGGGACUGGUUCCUCUUCAUAUCUUCAAUCAUACUUCUAAAGCCAAUCUCCCCAUAGUCUUCGCCAUCUUCCUAGUCCUCAACACAUUCCUCCCUCUAGCCCUCUCCACCCUCCUCCACUCCUCCUACUGCACACCCCCCACCCCCCACCAACUCUCCCUCAUCCAAUCCUUCUCUCUCCUCCUCCUCGGCAUGUACCUCUCAUCCCUCGCUACCCUCAAUUUCUCCCUCUCCAUCAUCAUUGGUAUCCUAUCCUCCCCCUUAUCAUACAUCCGUCCACUCGGACAUAAACCUAUACUUGCCGCCAUCCUCCUUAUAUCAUUAGGAGUUCUUGCGCCUUCAACUGUAUUGCUUGUGGGAGCGAAAUACUGGGGUUUGGAUGUCGGCGAUGUAUUGGUAGAAGCAGCUUUUGGAUGGGAUGUAGGGGGGAUGACGACGCAGGUCGUGGUUUGGUGUGUUUGGUGGCCGGCGUGGGUGGUGGGUGGUAUGUUACUUUUUGGGAGGCCUAGGGAGGAGGAAGAAGAAGAAGAAGAGAAGAAGAAUGUGGAAAGGAGUGGGGGGAAGGUAGAGGUAGAGGUAGAAGUAGAGAAGAAUUAG